UUCGUUUGUCACCAAACUUUGCACCCGCCUCGCCGUACCCGUCCGAAACCCUAGUCUACCUCGGCGGCGGCGGGCCCUCCGGCGAUGGAGGUGGAGGAACCGCUCCCAACGUCCAAGAACCCCCGCCGUGCUCGGCGCCGGGACCUCAACGCACUGCUAUGUGCGGGGAAAUUUCCAUUGCCUUCCUUGAAUUCGAUUCGAGGUGUGGGACUGCCGAGGAAGCCUUCAGAAUUUCAUUCUGAAGCGGGCGGGCAGGCAGUGGUUGUCAUUUAGGGUUUGGAUUUGAUUGAUUCAUUUGUUUUUAAUGGGUAGCUAUUUCAUAUUUCAACUCUAUUUUCGUCAGUGGACUAGCAUUUGUUUUUUCAGUAAGCGGUCUAGUGUCUAGUAAUUCUGUGUUUCUGUUCAUCACUUUAUUUCUGUAAUUCUGUAUUUUCUAUGUUUCAAAAUGUUACUUUUCACUUCACUUCACUUUGUAUUAGCUUGAAAAACUUGGAUUUUUUCCAGUACUUUGCAAUGCAAGUGGUUUCAUGAUGGAGUUCUUUUAGGAUCCCACAUUGGAGGAGUCCGACGGGGAGGAUAUUGGUGUUCCGGAAGUUGGUAUGGUGUUCAAUAAUCACACAGAAGUCAACCGAUUCUACCGCCGGUAUGCCCGCCGUGUUGGCUUUGGUGUCUCAGUAAGGAGGUCUUCGUUCUCACGAGAAGGGACCUGCUUAUAUCUGGAGCUUAUGUGCUGCAAAGGAGGGAGGCCACGUUAUGAGCCGAAGUUUCGGAAAAGGGCUUCAUCGACCACUAACUGCCCAGCCAAAGUACGAGUGAAGUUGUGGGGAGAUAAAUUGUUGCAUAUAGAGUUGGCGAUCCUUGAUCAUAAUCACCCAGUGAGCCCUGCAAUGGCAAGGUUUUUGAACUCUUAUAAGCAGCUCUCUGGCCCUGCAAAGAGGCGGUUGCGUAUGGGUGGCCCUGGGACUAUGCCUGUUGAAGAGUCAAGCAAGAUGCCCAUGGAUAAGCUGGGGGAGCUUGAGCAGCUUCUGUUUGGUGAGAGCAAGCACAACAGCUUUGUGGAGAGGGGUCGUUUGAAGCUCCAACCUGGAGAUUCGGAGGCCCUUCGGCUUUUCUUCACUCGGAUGCAGGCCAAAAAUGCCAACUUUUUUAAUGUCAUUGACCUGGACGAUGAAGGCUGUACCAGGAAUGUUUUCUGGGCAGAUGCACGGUCUAGAGCCAUGUGUGAGUACUAUAGUGAUGUCAUCACACUUGAUACAUCAUAUGUGGCUAGUAAAUAUGAUAUGCCUCUUGCAACAUUUAUUGGGGUGAAUCAUCAUGGACAAUCUGUCUUGAUGGGGUGUGCCCUGCUUUCUGAUGAAACAGCAGAAACCUAUUCAUGGCUACUUAAGUCUUGGAUAGCAUGUAUGUACGGCAAUCUUCCAAAGGCUAUUGUCACUGACUAUUGUAGGGGCAUCCAAAGUGCUGUAGCUGAGAUUAUUCCGGGAGUCCGUCAUAGAAUGUGUUUGUUUCAGAUAAUGAGGAAGGCCGCAGAACGUUUAGGUGGGCUGUCAGAGUACAGAGCUAUCAACAAGGCGAUGCAUAAGGCUGUAUAUGAUUCUUUAACCAUUGAUGAGUUUGAAGAAGAAUGGAAUACUUUAAUUACAUAUAGUGGGCUUCAGAGCAAUGACUGGUUAAGAUCACUUUAUGAAUGUCGAUCUUCAUGGGUUCCUGUUUUUAUUAAAGAUACAUUUUGGGCAGGAAUGUCUACUACACAAAGAAAUGAAACAAUCACUCCUUUUUUUGAUGGAUAUGUUGAUUUGAAAACUACCUUGAAACAAUUUCUUGUCAAGUAUGAGAUGGCUUUGCAGAGUAAAUAUGAGAAGGAGGCCCAAGCAGAUUUUGAGACGUUUCAUAAGCAACGCCCACCGGUAUCAAAAUUCUAUAUGGAAGAGCAGCUCUCAAAAGUAUACACACAUAAUAUGUUCAAGAAGUUCCAAGAUGAGAUUGAAGCCAUAAUGUACUGCCAUGUAUCUUUAAUUAGUGUUGAUGGGCCUGUCUCUACAUUCAAUGUCAAGGAGUGCAUUUUCUUUGAAGAUGGUAAAAGGACUAUGAGUAAAAUUUUUGCAGUGACAUACAAAGUGGACGAAAAGAAUAUUAGCUGUAUAUGUGGAGGUUUCCAAUUCAGUGGCAUACUAUGUAGGCAUAGUCUCUCAAUGCUCAAGUUUCAACUGGUUCGUGAAAUCCCACAACAUUAUAUUCUUGAUAGGUGGAAGAAGGAUUUUCGACAGUUGCAUGUGAUGAGACGCCCUCCAAGCGAUCUUGUUCCUAACAAUCGCAUGGAUCGAUAUGACUAUUUAUCAAUAAGAUGUUUGCAACUUGUUGACUCUGCAGUCCUAUCAGAUAAGUAUCGCCUUGCUUUGAGGUUGGUAAGGGAGACAGAGAAAUUUCUGCUAAAUAGCAACACACAUGAUGAUACACAACCAAGGAUCAAGUCUCGUGUUCCUAAAGUAAAUAAACCAAAUAUUGUGACUGGCCAAACCAUGGUGGGUGCAGCUACUGGAAAUGGAAAUGAUGGUCUCAAAGGACCAGAGGCUACAGCAGUCACGCAAGUACCACAAUCCCAAAAGGGAGGAGCAGAAAAAGGAAUAGUUCCUACUGGCUACAUUGGAGUACCAGCUAAUCUCCAACAAUUUGUAGGCAAUCAAACAGCAUUUCGGCCAAGCAUUGUGUACAUGGUACCGAGUGGUGUUGAUCCACAUGCUUUUGGAAAUGUUAUGAUGCCAGUGAUGUACCAGCAGAUGUUCCAGGUGCCUCCGAAGCCAAAUGAGACCGUGCAGGAUACUUCAGCCAAUGGAAAAAGUAAGCGACCUCGCGGUCAGAAGCUCACAGAGACAUCCCAACAGGCAAAUGGAACCCCAGCAUCUGCAUCUGGCUAGGGUGGACUACUAACAUUUUGAACAGGAUUUCUGUACAUACGUUGACUUCGUUGACUUCAUGCCGUGAGAAAUUUUACAUAUGGACGCUGGCACUAACAAUUACCUCAAUGUUGUCCAAGGUAUCUGGCCCAGGACCGGAAAUUAUCUCUCGCACACUUUCUUUUUGUGUGUGGCUGAUUUCUGCAAGACAGGUUCCACCUAAUGUACAAGUCCCCUUGUCCUUUUUAUGCUAUGUAAAUGAAUGUUCUUGGAACAGCUCUAUCAUGGCUCAUGAGUACGGUGUCAGUUGCCUUCGAAUUCCCAUUGUCGAUACCAGAUCGAUGGCUAAUGCAUAUAGAAAUAUAAAGGGGACAAAUUAUGAUUAUA